AUGGCAACAAGCAAGAUUCCCCAGCGACAGGCCGAGCUUAAAGUGGACGGCUGCACGGAUUGGUCGGUGGACUACUUGAAGUACAAAGUGCUUCAGGGGGAGCCGGUGCGGAUCAAGUGCGCUUUAUUUUACGGAUACAUCCGGGCCAACUACAGCCACGCCCAGAGUGCCGGCCUCAGCCUGAUGUGGUACCGGAGCGCGGGCCACGGCGACUUCGAGGAGCCCAUCUCCUUCGACGGCGUGCGCAUGAGCAAGGAGGAGGAUGCCAUCUGGUUCCGGCCAGCGGAGCUGCAGGACGUCGGGCUCUACUCCUGCGUGCUACGGAAUUCCACUUAUUGUAUGAAGGUGUCCAUGUCUCUGACCGUGGCAGAGAACGACACGGACCUCUGCUACAACUCCAAAAUGCGCUACUUUGAGAAGGCGGAGCUGAGCAAAAGCAAAGACAUCACAUGUCCCGAUAUGGAGGACUACAUGCAGCCGGGGAAGGAACCAGCAAUCAUGUGGUACAAGGAGUGCAAGCCGAAACAGUGGAGGCAAAGUAUUUUAUGGAGGAAGGACACUCUGUCCAUCAGGGAGGUGCGGGAGGAUGACAUUGGGAAUUACACAUGCGAGUUACAGUUUGGCAACUUCGUGGUGCGGAGGACCACUGAGCUCACCGUCACAGCCCCUUUGACCGACAAGCCACCAAAGAUCCUCUUCCCGACGGAGAAUAAAAUGAGCACCAUGGAGAUGCAAAUAGGUGGCCCUGUUAACCUCACCUGCCGGGCGUUCUUCGGGUACAGCGGAGACGUCAGCCCGCUCAUCUACUGGAUGAAGGGGGAGAAGUUCAUCGAGGAUCUGGAUGAGAGCCGGGUCCAGGAGAGUGACAUCAAAAUCAUCCGGGAGCACCUGGGGGAACAGGAAGUGUCAAUCUCCCUUACAAUUGACUCAGUGGAAGAGGGGGACCUGGGUAAUUACUCUUGCUAUGUGGAGAAUGGCAAUGGAAGACGCCAGGCCAGCAUUCAGCUCAUCAAGCGGGCAGAGCUGAUGUACACCGUGGAGCUGGCAGGAGGAUUGGGGGCGAUCCUGCUGUUGCUGAUAUGCCUGGUCACGCUCUACAAGUGCUACAAGAUAGAGCUCAUGCUCUUCUACAGGAACCACUUUGGGAGCGACGAUGUGGAUGGAGAAAACAAGGACUACGAUGCCUACCUGUCCUACACCAAAGUGGACCCGGACCAGUGGAACCAGGAGACCCGGGAGGAGGAGCGCUUUGCCCUGGAGAUCCUCCCCGACGUCCUGGAAAAGCAUUAUGGGUAUAAACUCUUCAUUCCAGACAGGGACUUGAUCCCGACAGGAAGUUUCAGCAAUGAUCAUUUCCAGGAUGACACAAGACUGCUUAGAGCGUACAUCGAAGACGUGGCGCGCUGCGUGGACCAGAGCAAGCGCCUCAUCAUCGUCAUGACGCCCAGCUACGUGCUGCGGCGGGGCUGGAGCAUCUUCGAGCUGGAGACGCGGCUGCGCAACAUGCUGGUGACGGGCGAGAUCAAGGUGAUCCUGAUCGAGUGCGCCGAGCUGCGCGGCAUCAUGAACUACCAGGAGGUGGAGGCGCUCAAGCACACCAUAAAGACCCUGACGGUCAUCAAGUGGCGCGGGCCGGCCAGCAGCAAGCUCAGCUCCAAGUUCUGGAAGCGGCUGCGCUACGAGAUGCCCUUCCGGCCGGCCGAGCCCGCCGCGCCGCGCGAGCCCGUGCUGGACGCGAGCGAGCAGGGGCCCUUCGGCGAGCUGCAGACCGUCUCUGCCAUCUCCAUGGCGGCCGCCACCUCCACCGCCAUGGCAACGGCGCACCCGGAGCUGCGCUCCACCUUCCACAACACCUACCACACCCAGAUGCGGCAGAAACAGUACUACCGGAGCUACGAGUACGACAUCCCGCCCGGCGGCACGCUGCCGCCGCUCUCCUCGCUAGGCAACCAGCACACCUACUGCAACAUCCCCAUGACUCUGCUGAACGGCCAGCGACUGCAGCCCAAGCCCUCCCGCGACCAGAGCCUGGAGGAGGCGCAUGCCAACAACGCCAUGCUCCCGCUGUUGCCCAGGGAGACCAGCAUAUCCAGCGUCAUCUGGUGAUGCCGCCCUACCAGAGGGUGCCGAGGGACUUUGGGGGGGGGGGGUUGUGGGUUCAUGUACUGCGGGGAGGGGGAAGGGACCGUCAGUCUCCUGGUGUUUGGACCCCCCGCGAUUUGCUGCUGUUGAACUCACCCCAAAAUCCACAGGGAUAAAAAAAACAGGAGAAACAGGAAAAAAACAGACCGAAAGUGGACAGCUCAUACAAACAAGAACUGGAGGAGAGCAGACAGGUUUCCCACGAGCGCACGCACACAGACACACGCAGGGAAAACAGGGUCUUGUACAUAUAUUUGCAAUUUUUUUGUAGCAUCGGUGUCUUCCCGUUUCUUUGUUUUCUUUGUGUUCGCCGUUUUCGUUGCC